GUGGAGUUUCACUACCAGCUUCUGCACCACACAGGGCAGACGGGAAUACAAACACGAGCAAAAGCUGGCAGGCUGACGUGUACGGGCAGCUUUACAGGACGGAUUAUCUGGUAACUGACCAUUUAGCUGUGGCACACUCGGACUCCGUGUAAACGUGGGAUUUCGACCAUGAGCUCAGUCGCUGUACUUACGCAGGAGAGCUUUAAUGAGCACCGCAGUGGUCUGCUUCCUGAGCAGGCUGGAGCUCCAGUAGCAGGACCUAGCAGUGCAGAAGAUGAGGAUGCCCUCCCAACUUACAAGGAGGCCUUCCCUCCAUUGCCAGAGAAGGCCUCCUCUCCUGAGGGCUCCCAGGAGGCAAACAAUGCCUGGACGACUAAGAUCAGACCUCUUAAAUCCUCCAUCAUCACCCAGGUUUUCCAUGUGCCUCUGGAAGAGCGGAAGUACAAGGACAUCAACCAGUUUGGAGAGGGAGAUCAGGCUAAGGUCUGCGUUGACAUCAUGCAUAAGACCGGAGCCCAUCUGGAACUCUCCAUGGCUAAGGACCAGGGCCUUUCUAUCAUGGUGUCUGGAAAACUGGACGCUGUUAUGAAGGCUAGAAAGGAGAUUGUGUCGCGACUGCAGACUCAGGCCUCAGCAACUGUAGCCAUCCCAAAGGAACACCAUCGCUUUGUCAUUGGCAAGAACGGAGAGAAGCUACAGGAGCUGGAGCUGAAGACUGCCACUAAGAUCCAGAUCCCAAGACCUGAUGACCCCAGUAACCUGAUCAAGAUCUCUGGCACCAAGGAGGGCCUGGAGAAGGCCAAACAUGAAAUUCUGCUCAUCUCUGCGGAGCAGGACAAGCGUGCUGUUGAGAGGGUUAACAUUGACAAGGUGUACCAUCCCUUCAUCACUGGAGCCUACAACAAGUUGGUGACUGAGAUGAUGCAGGAGACGGGAGCCCGCAUCAAUGUGCCACCUCCAAGUGUCAACAAAACAGAGAUUGUAAUUACUGGGGAGAAGGAGCAGGUGGCCCUUGCUGUGGCAAUGAUCAAGAAGAUCUAUGAAGAGAAGAAGAAGAAUACAACCACCAUUGCAGUGGAGGUGAAGAAAUCUCAGCACAAGUAUGUGAUCGGGCCAAAGGGCAACACCCUGCAGGAAAUUCUGGAGCGGACUGGCGUUUCGGUCGAGAUCCCACCCACCGACAGCAGCUCAGAAACUGUCAUCCUGCGUGGAGAACCAGACCGGCUGGGCCAGGCGCUUACUGAAGUUUACGCCAAGGCUAACAGCUACACUGUGUCCUCAGUCUCAGCUCCUUCUUGGCUACAUCGUUUCAUUAUUGGCAAGAAGGGACAGAACUUGGCUAAGAUAACCCAGCAAAUGCCUAAGGUGCAUAUUGAGUUCACAGAAGGGGAGGAUAAAAUCACUCUGGAAGGACCCACCAAAGACAUCCAAAUGGUUCAGACUCAGAUCGAAGCUAUUGUCUCAGACUUGGUUAGCCGCAUGGAUUAUGCUGAGAUAAGUGUGGACCCCAAGUUUCAUAGACACCUAAUUGGAAAAGGCGGUGCCAACAUUAACCGUAUUAAAGACCAGCACAAGGUGUCUGUCCGCAUUCCACCUGACAAUGAGAAGAGUAACCUGAUCCGCAUUGAGGGUGAUCCUCAGGGUGUGCAGGAGGCCAAGAAGGAGCUGUUGGAGCUAGCGUCGCGCAUGGAGAAUGAGCGUACAAAGGACAUGAUCAUUGAACAGCGUUUUCACCGAGCAAUUAUUGGGCAGAAGGGGGAGAAGAUCAAGGAAGUGAGGGACAAAUUCCCAGAGGUUGUUAUUAACUUCCCUGACCCAUCGCAGAAGAGCGACAUUGUCCAGCUGCGUGGGCCCCGUACCGAAGUUGAGAAAUGCACCAAAUUCAUGCAGAAAAUGGUAGCCGAAAUGGUGGAGAACAGCUAUUCGGUCUCUGUCCCCAUCUUCAAACAAUUCCACAAAAACAUUAUUGGUAAAGGAGGUGCAAACAUAAAAAAGAUUCGUGAAGAGACCAAUACGAAGAUCGACCUGCCUGCAGAAAACAGCAACUCUGAGAUGAUAAUCAUCACAGGGAAGAAAGCUAACUGUGAGGCUGCACGAAACAGAAUUCUGGCCAUUCAGAAAGAGCUGGCAAAUAUUACAGAACUGGAGGUGUCCAUUCCUUCAAAGCUGCACAACUCACUGAUUGGCUCCAAGGGGCGCUUUGUGCGAUCCAUCAUGGAGGAGUGUGGUGGAGUCCACAUUCAUUUCCCAACUGAGGGUUCCGGAAUCGAUGCAGUGACAAUCAGAGGACCAGCAGAGGAGGUGGAGAAAGCAAAGAAACAGCUGCUCUCUCUGGCUGAGGAGAAGCAAACAAAAAGCCACACAGCUGAGCUCCGUGCCAAACCUGAGUAUCAUAAGUUCCUCAUUGGCAAAGGAGGUGGAAACAUCCGGAAGGUCCGUGAUAGCACUGGUGCCAGGAUCAUCUUCCCCACUCCAGAGGAUAAGGACCAGGAGCUGAUCACAGUAAUUGGCACAGAGGAGGCUGUGGCAGAAGCACAAAAAGAACUGGAAGCUCUCAUCAAAAGCCUGGAUAAUGUGGUGGAGGAUGUGAUGACUGUUGAUCCCAAGCACCACCGUUACUUUGUGGCGCGCCGUGGGCAAGUACUGAGGGAUAUUGCAGACGAAUAUGGUGGCGUGAUGGUCAGCUUCCCCCGCACUGGCUCCCAAAGUGACAGGGUUACUCUGAAAGGGGCCAAAGACUGUGUGGAAGCUGCUAAGAAGCGCAUGCAGGAGAUCAUAGAGGAUCUGGAUGCCCAGGUGACCAUGGAGUGUGUGAUCCCUCAGAAGUUCCAUCGCUCCAUAAUGGGACCUAAAGGUUCUAGGAUCCAGCAAAUCACCAAAGACCACAAUGUCCAGAUCAAGUUCCCCGAGAGAGAAGAUCUCCAGGCUCCUCCAGCUGAAGCUCCUGUUCAGGAGAAUGGAGAAGCUAAUGGAGAGAUCAAGGAGCCAGUGGAUCCUACAGUCCCGAAGAAGUGUGAUGUGAUUGUGCUCUCCGGUCGUAAGGAGAAGUGUGAGGCUGCCAUCGAGGCACUGAAGGCUUUGGUUCCUGUGACCAUUGAGGUGGAAGUGCCUUUUGAGCUGCAUCGUUAUAUCAUUGGACAGAAAGGAAGUGGCAUUCGCAAGAUGAUGGAUGAAUUUGAAGUUAAUAUUCAAGUGCCUGCACCUGAUCUUCAGUCCGACAUCAUCUCCAUCACUGGCCUUUCUACUCACCUGGACCGGGCUAAAGAGGGUCUCCUUGAGCGUGUCAAAGAACUGCAAGCUGAACAGGAAGACCGGGCUCUCAGGAGCUUCAAACUUACCAUAACUGUGGAUCCCAAGUAUCAUCCCAAGAUCAUCGGCCGCAAAGGUGCCAUAAUUACCCAGAUCCGCACUGAGCACGAUGUCAACAUCCAGUUCCCAGAGAAAAAUGAUGAGAACCAGGAUCAGAUCACCAUUACAGGAUAUGAGCAGAAUGCCACUGCGGCUCGUGAUGCCAUCCAGGCUAUUGUGGAUGAGCUGGAGGAAAUGAUUUCAGAGGAUAUCACCUUGGACAGCAGAGUCCAUGCCAGAAUUAUUGGAGCUCGUGGCAAGGGUAUUCGUAAGAUCAUGGAUGAGUUUAAGAUUGACCUGAGAUUCCCUCAGAGCGGAGCGGCGGAUCCCAACUUGGUGACUGUGACUGGCCGUCCAGAGCAAGUGGAUGAAGCUAUCGAUCACCUUCUGAAUCUGGAAGAAGAAUAUAUGGCAGAUGUGGUGGAAAAUGAGGCAAAGAUGGCCCACAUGAAGCCUUUUGGAGGUGGUGCAACUGCAGAGGAACCUCGAGGCCCAUCCAAGGGUUUUGUAGUGAGGGAAGCACCUUGGACCACCAAUGAGAAGGCUCCUGAUAUGAGCAGCUCUGAGGACUUCCCAAGUUUUGGAGCACCUGUAGCCACCAAAGCUUCCCCAUGGGGACCCAAGCGUUUCUGAAAGGGGCUAAUACCAACAGGCUUUUAAUCCACCACCCCUGAAACUAUCCCCUCCCUCCCAAAUUUGCCCUUUCUGGAUGUGGAUUGACCUCUGACACUGACCUCCACCAACCCACACCCCCUUAUCCUGAAUUUUUGCUGCAAACAAAUAAAUAUUCUGGAGGAUUCUGUUUUCAAAAUAUUCUCCAGUUGUUUCUCCAAAACCAAUAAAACUGUAUAUGGGGUUUAUGCGCACGAAAAUUGCCCAUCUCUAGCUGGUUAAAUGUUUCUUGUGCUUUGUGUGGUCUAAACUUUGUCUGCCUCUUUGGGUUUGACUAGUUAUUUGAAUCCUGCCUGCUUGCAAACUGAGAGGAAAUGAGUAAUUAGUACAAACCAAUCCUCUUAGAAUGCUUCAGGUUUGAGGUUGAUCUAAGCUGAAGGUAUUUUGAAAUGGGCUACUUGAUUCAAAACUAACCUAACACUCAAGUCAUUUGGGUGGUUUGGUUCACCAAGCUGCUCUACUCUUAGUUGCCUUUGCAGUGGGGUUGGGGGGAGUAUACUGUAUUACCUCUGAGAGAUGAAACUUCUGACUGAGAAAAAAAAAAAUCCCAAAGGAAAAGAGGUAACCUAUGGUUCAAGUCAGAUGCCUCCUUUUAUGUAGUCUUAUGUGAUCUCAUCUUGAUGUUGCAAACAUUUCUGUGGUCUUCCCUUGUUGACUAGUUUUCCCUGAAUCUGUGAUUGUUGAACUAGGCAGGGAAUUAGUGUUUCAUGCAGCCUUAGGAACUGUCAAACCUUUUUUUUCUAUUUAAAGAGUGGUCUCUUACUAGCAACAGAAUUCUGUUCAAACUGCCAGAUUCUUUGGAGGUCCCAUGGAAAAUGUAGUCCCCCUCGCAACACUAGACCAACCCGGGCCCCAAAGUGUCUUAAACCCACACUAAACUGCUUCAGUCCAGUCUCCUUACUUGUUUUUGAUAUUCAAAAGUCAUGUUUAUAAAAGAAAAACCUGAUAAUGUAUGACAAAAAGAGCAGACCAUUUUGUGCCAAUGAACUGUCAAGUAAAGUCAUGUGUUGCUCAUCUUUGCUACUGGGUCAGUGUCCAGUCCCUUUUGUCUUCCAGUUGCUAUGCAGAUUGUUCUGGAACCAUAGCAACGGCCCUCUGAAUAGCCUUAUUAUGAAAAUUAUGCAAAAACAUAAAAGAAAAGUGAAACAGUUACAAAUGACACUGGAAAUUAAAUUGUCCAAAAAAGUAAAUAAAAAUGGAAAAUGUA